AUGGGCCAAAAGCCCUCCGUCCCACGACCGGGCACAAAAUUCCAAGUCAUCGGCGCAGGGCUCCCACGCACCGGCACCGCAUCAUUCAGCAGUGCGUUGGAAAUUCUCUGCGAUGGACCCGUCUUCCAUUGCGGUACGCAAGCCACGCUAGGCCCGACGCUCCAAAUCAAGCAAUGGAUGGAGAUUCUACGCUGCUGGCUGGCUGGCAGCGAGUCCGAUCGAGAGAUUAUGCUCCGCGUCUUGAAACGCCAGUUGGACGGGUAUGCAGCUGUGACUGAUUCCCCCGGAGCCCAGUUUGUCCCCGAGUUGAUGGAACUGUACCCGGAUGCGAAGGUGAUAUGUACGAUCCGAGACCCUGUUGCGUGGGAGAAGAGCAUGGAGCAGGUUAGGAAUGCGACUGUUCCUUGGUACCUCCAUUUAGUGCUUUUGCCGUUGCCCGGGCUGAUGUAUUUUAUUCCUUAUUUGCAUCUUUUGGCGGCGCAGUGGGAGAAGUUGUACGGCGAGGCUAUUCCUACGCGUCACACUUAUGAUCGACAUAUCGCCUGGCUGAAGGAGGUGGUUCCUGAGGAUCGGUUGGUGUUUUUUGAAGUGACGGAGGGUUGGCCGGCUUUGUGUGAGGCUCUUGGAAGGGAAAUCCCCAAAGAUCGACCAUUCCCACAUAUUAAUGAUGCUGAUGCCGUUGAUGAGAUUUCUAAAAUGCAUAUUCGACGGGGUCUUACUCGUUGGGUGGUGAUUCUUGCAGCGGGUACUGCCACUGUUGCAUGGGUUCUGCAUAGAUAG